AUGGCGGCGCCAGCUAACAACCCCUUCGGGGUGCCCCAAGGUCAGGUCGUUCAAAAUCCCUUUGGAGCGCCUGUCUCUGGUCAGCCUGCCUCUGCGUUCAACCAGCCCUUUCAGAACUCGUUCAACACCUCGGCUCCCACGACGAAUCCUUUUGGUUCAGCGCCCGCUGUGAAUCCCUUUGGCGCGCUAUCCAACACUUCUCUCGGAGCCACGGCGGCGUCUGGAAGCAGGCCGUCCUCAUCAGGGAGUCACUUCGGCGCGUCCAACAACAAUCCUUUUGGCGCGCCAGCAUCUGGAAACAAGCCGCCAUCAGCUGGGGCCCCCUUUGGAGCUCCAUCUGGCCCGAAGGCAAAUAACCUUUCUGCAGCUCCCCCGAGUGGGCCCAAGAACAGCCGAAGUCCAUCUCCGUUUGGUUCCCGAGCGCCACCAUCGGGCCCGUCAGCUCAAUCAUCGGCCGCUAAACACGACGCGAACGCCAUGGGUCGCCGGAGUAAGCUCACUAACGGCAAGCCACCGGCUGCGACCAAGAGCACUGGUUUUGCCAAUCAAGGAGGCCAAACGAAAAACGGAGGAUUUGCUGCGCAGGGAGGACAGAAUCAGGGACCCACGCCGUUCGCCAGUACAAAUCCAUUUACAAGGCCGCCGGGCUCUCAAACGUCGGGGAUGGGCACAAAACCGCAGCCAACUGGUCGGGGAAAGCAGCCUGGGCGCCAGGAGCGCCAUCAGCCGGCCCCCAGCCAGCGUGGUAGCCAGGAAGUCACAGCCAAAGGCCCAACCGAACGGACAAAGCAGCUGUCGAUUUUUGCUUUCAACUAUGCGAAUAAGCUGUACGACCACCUCAAAAAAGAAAAUGUCCACCCGCCAAAAUGGCACGCCGACCCCGGUGACCCCAGCAAGCGGGCCGCCAUUGAGAGUCUGAAGGAGUCAUACAAGAAGUAUCGCACCCGCACGUAUGCGACACUUAGGAAAGCUGAUCUUAUCGACGAUCCGGACAAGAGACGGAAGCUCGAAGACGCCCUUCCCUUCAAGGGAAUUUGCGAGAACAUGUGCCCGGAAUUCGAGCAGGUCUCCCGUAUCGCCGAGUACGACGUCAAGACGGAGGAGAAGGAGACCCGCCCCGAUGGGCUGACCAUGUGGCCGGACACGACGCGGAUGGUCAAGAAGUUCGGGCGCUCUGCCGCCGGCCAAGAUGCGCCGCUGCCCAUGGACGUUCGUUCCGUGGACGCCCUGCGGAGGACGACAGAUUACCUCUUUAACGACCUCCUCCAGUCAGAGAACAACCUCCCUUCGAUGCACAACUUCUUGUGGGAUCGGACCAGAGCUGUGCGCAAGGACUUCACCUUUCACUCGCAAAAGUCGGCCGAAGAGAUGAAGGACAUGGUAUACUGUUUCGAAACCAUUACACGAUUCCACGCCACCGCCCUACACCUGCUGUCGAAGAAGGGUUUCGCCAACGAAGACUUCGACCAGAGGCAGGAGAUUGAGCAGCUGGGACGAACCAUCUUGUCACUCAUGGAGGCGUACGAUAUGUGUCACGACAAGAAAGUCCACUGUCCGAACGAGCCUGAAUUCAGAGCGUACUACCUCCUCCUCAACGCACACGACCCCUCGAUAGUAGUGAGGAUCCCGACGUGGGGAAAGGAGUCUUGGUUCGAGAGUGAAGAAGUUCAGACAGCUCUGUCCCUGAUCCAGACGAUGGAGGAUGUGCGGGAACCUAAGGGUCCGAUCAAGCCACGCGCGGCAACGAGCUUGUCCGAUGCCUCCUUCACAAACUACUUCUCCAUCGUUGAGGACACGCGGGUCUCCUACACAAUGGCCUGUGUUGCAGAAAUCCAUUUCACAACAGUGCGCCAGGGCAUCCUCAAGAACCUCGUCAGGGGCUAUGCUCGGCAUCGCGAUGCCCCUCGCACCAUCACGGCGUCGGACCUCAACGCAAUGCUAAGGUUUGACACGUCCGAAGAGGCGGUUGAAUUCGCCGAGCUACACGACUUCGAAUUUUCGACAUGGGUUCCCGAGGGGCGAAAUCCCGUCACGGAGCCUUAUCUCCUUCUCAGUAACAAGAAAAAGGCCGUUCCAUCGCCGAGAGUUCGCCAGGCAUUCUCAGGGGCAAUCGUCGAGCGGAAGCGCACGACGCAGUCCUUGCCUUAUGUGAUUUACAACACCAUCUUUGAGGAGCCGUCAGAGAACCCGCCCAGUUCUGGCGGUAGCCCGGAUAGUCUAUUCUCUGAGGGCGGUGGCAGUCUUUUCGUCACUAGAGCACCGGUAUCCGAGGACUUGUCCAUGGCCAGCCCGCCGAUGACACAACCACCCACAACUUCCUCGCCUUUCGGCGCCCCCGUCUCAAGCUCGCCCUUUACCACGGCGGCAACGACACCAGCGUUCUCGGGCUUUUCGGCCCCGCAACCCUCCACCGCAGCUGCGAACCCAUUUGCGGUCCCGAGUCAACAGCCCACGCCACAAGCUCAAGCAGAACAGGGUCCGUUCCCAUCUUUCAAUCAACCACCGGUCCCCCUGGCAGCCAGCACGAUUUCCAAGCCAGCUGCGAACCUGGGCAAGUCCGCCCAGACCGGGCAAACAGCAACCUCACCUUUCGUAACGGCCAAGCCCGCAGAAAGCUCAAAUCCGUUUGCUUUCCUCGCAAACCCUGGCUCGGCCACCCUACCAUCCCUUGCUCAAGCGGCACAAUCUCAACCUUCCACAACAUUUCCAUCCGCACCGCCCAUCUUCGGCAGCACCGCCCCGAACCUGGCCGCCACCGCCAACCCAACGCAAGCUACCACAUUUCCCCCAGAAAAGCCGGCCGCGUCAACUCCUUCAGCUCCUAUCUUGGGUACAGCUCCGCCGGCCGGAGCAUCCCUCUUUCCAACCACCACGCCCGCAAAGCCUCCAGGACAGCAAACAGCCACUACGGUCUCAUUAGUUCCCUCUGUUCAGAUCUCCGCACCCCCCGCCACAGCCACAACUGCGCCUGCAACACAAGGCCUACAACCUCUCUCCUCUACUCCGUUCCAGCCGCUCGGGCAGAACCCUCUCUCCGGCUCGUCUUCGCAAGCGCCGGCAGUCUCUUUCCAGAGCGGAGCCACCACAGCACCAACCAUACCACCGCCAUCUCCGAAGCGGGAUCCUCUCGGUGAUUUCACGAAAUGGUUCGUUACAGGCGACGAUGGUCUCGUAGAACAAUUCACCGAAGAAAUACUAAGCCACAUUCUAUGGGGCGUCUGGCAAGAUUUUGAGCGCGAACAAGCGGAAAAGAAACGGCGGGCCGAGGAUGAGGAAUCGUGGCGAGUUGCACGCGAGUAUCAAACCCACCGACUGCGAUUAAAAUUCUUUUACCGCUGGCGCAACAUCGCCCGAUCCCUUGCCACCAAACGCAUUCUUCGAGAAGGCCGAGAAAAAAUGCGUCUCUACCGCGAACAACAAAAAGCGGCCAAAAAACAACUACAAGAAGAAAAGGAAAAGGUCGAACGGGAAGCCAGACGCGCCGCAAAGAGGCAGCUCAUGGAAGACAGCAACCGCAUUGCUUUGCUCGCCACCUCCACCGGCCGCCGCGGCAGCGUCGCCUACAGCACUGACCAGAGCACCGAGGACCAGCUUCUCGCGAGUGGCGUGUUUUCGGGGCUCCACGACGACCCGCGCACCCUUGCUCGCCGCUCCGUUCGCGGUUCCGCCGUCAACGGAGGAGACCCCUGGGCAAUGGACAGCGUGACCCGCUCCUACCGGUACCCGGAAUCGGAGCUCGAGCUCGAGCCGGCGCCAUCCGACACCAGCAGCGUUGGAGGCAAGCGCGAGGGUUGGAAGACUCGCUCCCUCCGCGAAAAGUUUGGGAUCGAACCCCGUCGGAGCUUGUCCGCCAGCGGCUCCGUCGUCAACGCCAAUGGCGGGUCGUUUACGUCGUCGUCGCGGUUCCGGCAGUCGCUUCCUGGGGUGGGGCACGACAAUCAUCGGACGACGAAUUUCUCCGCCUCGAGAAAGAGGUCGGCGGAAGAAGAGUCGGACGACGAGCCCGGCGCGAAGCGGCAACCGGGCUUCUACGGAAGCACAACCAACGGAGAGAGAACAAACCGCUUUGCCAAGUCGUCCACACAUUGGGACUUGCGCGCGCGUGGGUUCGUGCCCAUGCCGGAUGGCAACUGGCUGCCGGAAGCCGUCGCCCGGUCCUCUUCUGCGGCCAACAGCAACAACAAAACGAGCAGGGCCCCCGGGCGGUACGACUUUGCGUCCCGCUCCGGCUCUGGCUCGCCGGACGGGCUGCUCGACGGCGACGUCGACAUGGUGAGCGACGCCGGCCGCGCCCCCUCGCCCACGCCAUCGGAGCUCCGCCUGCGCUUGGCCAGAAUCGCUAAACCGCGCCCGCCCGUCUAUGGCCACACCUCGCGCCACAGCGCCGACCUUUCCAGGUUUGCGGCCCAGGGCCUCCCCGCGACGUCCCCGCCCCACCCGCCGUUUGCGUCGGGGAGCAUGCCGCCGCCGCCUUUGCGCAGCCGCAGUAGUGGGGAUAAGGCCGGGUUGGGGAUGGGGAAGCGGAAGCGUAGUGCGGAGAUGGAUGUCGAUGAUGAUGAUGGUGAUGGUGAUGGGGGGCAGGGGAGAGAAGUGUCGCCGUCGGCGAAGAAGAAGGCGCUGUUGGGUGGGAAUGGUGGGGCGGUGCCGGACAGGGCGGAGACUAAUGUCAUGGUGGAGAAUACGAAGCGGAUGUUGAGGGAGUUGAGAGAGGCGAUGGAUCGGGCGGACCGCGAGGAGCCGGGGAUGAGGACGGAGGUUUAUCUGGAGGGGGCUGUGAGGGAGGGAGGGGCCAAUCCAGCGUGA